AACUAUUUCACAUCGUCUGUGAAUAAGGAGCAACUUCAGCAUCUUGGAUUGUCGAGGAGCGUGAAGAGUUAAUGUCAGAGGAGUCCGGGGGAGGUUUGUGCCGCUAGAUGGCGCAGCGUGCUCCCUGUCACCAGUGUAGUGUGUAUGUAUGUUGUGGACACACACGGCUCAUUCAUCCAGAUGGUAUCAGCUGCUCAGCACGCUGCCGUAUUGUUUGGAGCUCUUCUCCGGCUCUCAUGCUGCUGAGCGGACCGUCCUCGGCUCCAUCCAGCGCUGCCCAGCCUCAGCCUCUGAACUCUACAAGAAGCCUCCGCGCAGACCCCCCGCGCAGCAGCAGCAUCAGUAGCAGAGGGAGCCCCCCAGCAGCCUCCAGCACGGGACAGCAAUGCGCCGGCAGCAUGGCCAAAUGGAUCAAGGAACACCUGGGCUUCAAAAGCACCAAGCCGCCGCCUCCUGCCCCUCCUAAACCGGACUACAGGCAGUGCCAGGCUGGGGGGCACCACCAUCACCACCACCACUGUACAGUGCCCCAGUUCCCUGUGACCCCAGCGGGGCAGCCGGACAUCCUAGCUGCAUAUAAGCUGCAGAAGGAAAGAGACUUUGAGGACCCCUAUACUACUUCUAGUGCCACAGGUUCCAGUGCCCCCCUAAACUCCUCCAUAGUGCCCUCAGCCCCCCCUGCACCCACUGCACAGUCCCCGUCCUCUCCUUCCCCCUCUCCUGAGGUCAAGUAUGUGUCUCCCAAGCACAGGCUCAUCAAAGUGGACACUGGGGAGAAGGGGGGCUCAAGUCCCACCAGUAGCUGUAACCCCACUUCAGGGACCCCUGGACAGUCCUCUAGCUCUGGAGUAACAGCUCUCAAGUCCCCCCCUGCAGCAUCUGUGGCCCCUCAGCUUGAUGAAUGCAAACAGGACAAAGUAAUCAUCCUUGAAGACUAUGCAGACCCAUUUGAUGCUAAACAAGGCCCAGGAAGCCAGACAACUGCAGAAAUAGUGACUGAGAAUGAUGGCUAUAUGGAGCCAUAUGAAGCUCAGAAAAUGAUGGCAGAAAUUCGCAGAAGGGGAUCCAAAGAUUUGCCUUGUAAGCCCUUACAUUUAUAUGAUACGCCAUAUGAACCAGCAGAAAAUGGAAUAGAAUCAGAUAGUGAAAAACCUUGUGGUCAACGGCCACGGGAGUCUAGGCUGCCACAGGAUGAUGAGCGGCCUCCAGAAGAGUAUGACCAGCCUUGGGAAUGGAAGAAAGAUCGAAUUUCUAAGGCAUUUGCAGUUGAGAUAAAAGUAAUCAAAGAUCUUCCUUGGCCUCCACCAGUGGGACAGCUGGACAGCAGAACAGACACCCAAGAAAGUGAUGUGAAUACUUUGUUCUCCCAGCAGCCUCCAUCAUCCCCACACCUAACGUCCCAGAACAGCUUUGAAGACAGCAAUGCCCAAUUAGAUGAUGAUGAUAAAACAGACAUGUCACCAUCCAGAGAGGACAAACUCAGGCACAUGCACAGACAUUCAGCUGGGAGCUUGAAGGCUAUCAAGAAUCCAAGUGUAGAACACAUCAGCUCAGUGGGAGAAAGAAUAGACCCUUCACUGCCAUUAGAGAGUCAAUUCUGGUACCAUGGUGCAAUCAGCCGCACAGAUGCAGAGAGUCUCCUGAGGCUGUGUAAAGAAGCAAGUUACCUGGUGCGAAACAGCGAGACCAGCAAGAUUGACUUUUCCUUAUCACUGAAGAGCAGCCAAGGAUUCAUGCACAUGAAGCUCUCACGUACCAAAGAAAACCAUUAUGUUCUAGGACAGAACAGCCCACCUUUUGACAGCGUACCAGAAAUAAUCCACUACUAUACCAGCCGCAAGUUACCAAUAAAGGGAGCUGAACACAUGUCACUGCUUUACCCAGUUGCAAUACGGACAUUGUAACAGCGAGCAUGUGGAUUUAGAGAACAUGGAUUGUCAAGAGAGGACUCAUCAAUGAAGUGGGGGUUUUCAUUGCCCUUAUAAAUGAUCUUUAUUCUCCAACAAGCAACUUCCAUCACCAAAACAAAAAAUGUAGUACUAAUGUGUAAAGGAGAACAAGAAUAACAUCCCACCUUGAUUUGAUAGAUUUCGUUUUCUUCUCUUUGCUGUAGUGAAUGAAAGCUAGAACGUUUUGUGUCGGUACUUUUAGUGGUUCUUCCAGGCUGGUUUUUCUUUAUCAAAAGUCACCAAACUGCCAAGCAUUAUUAAAACAAUAAUUCAGCUGAAUGGGCACCUACCUGUUCUUACCUUUAAGGAGGUCUGGGGCUGUAGUGCCCCGAAUGUUGCAAUACUAUAUAUAAUAUAAAUGCUUGUUAUUUAAAAUAAAAUAUAUUUCCCAGUAUUUCUACCCUGCAUAAAAGUUGGGGGAAUAUGAAUUCUGGUCUGCACUGUGUGUGUGAGCGUGUGUAACAAUAUUUCAUCAAAAGUUCAGCAAUACUGUAUAAUGUUGUCAAGGUGUGAAGAGGCCAAGUAAAUGGAGCAGAUUGUAGAACUCUCGUCCAAUUCUGUUGAACAUAAAGAAGGCAAUAACAACAUAUAGGUUUAUUUUUGUACAUAGGGCCUCCAUUGAGAUCUACAGCGUUAUCCAUAGGGCUAUUUCAAUAGAAGUCUCUUUCAUUCUCUCUUUAUGAUAUCUUUAACACCAUUCAAUACUCUUGAGGUGACUGCUCACAUCACGUUAAAGGAAAUCUGUCACCAGAGUCCCCUGCACUAACAUGUCUGUACCGACAGGUAGUGGAGGGGACACUGAUGACAACGGUACUUACCUUGUCCCUGUCUGUGCAGUCCUUCUCCGGUAAUCUUCUCUGUUAGCUUUAGCUCCGGGCCCGGCUUGUUCUCUAGCAGUGGGACCCAGCAGAUAGCAGCAGUGGUGACGUCACUAAGCUCCACCCAUGCCCCAAGCUGGGCCUGGAGCUGAAGCUAACAGAGAAGAUUACCGAAAAACGACUGCACGGACCGGGACAAUGUAAAUACCGUUGUCAUCAGUGUCACCUGCACUACCUGUCGGUACCGACAGGUUAGUGCAGGUGACACUGGUGACAGAUUUCCUUUUAAAAGGUUUAUUUAAUCCCACAACAUUUUUGUGGAUGGACUCAGGCUGACCUUACAAUAAUUAAAAAAUUAAAAACUGCCCCAUUCCCCUACUGUAACAUUUCCAAUGGUGCAAUCUUCCUGCUGAGCAGUUGAUUUUUUUUUCUAAAGGAAAAUGCUGCUCAGACAAUCUCUGGACAGAGCUGUGACCUGCUUCACCACUGAUUUGGCUAAGAAGGGAUCUUGCACCAUCAUAACAGAUGGUGUGGGGUAUCAUGGCUGGUGAGUUUAUCUUCAUUUUAUAUUUGGACCAUCCUGAACGCAUACACAGAAAUUUUGUGGGGUGAACAAUCACUUUAAAUGAUUGCUUUCCCACAAUUUUUCCCCAAUGUUUUUCAUGUUUUGACCCAAUAUAUCCUUUUUAUUUGGAUACUGAACCUGCAUUCACAAGAAACUGAAAUCCAUUAAGAAAAUGUAUGUUCCUCUUAUGCACCUAUGUUACCUAAAAUGCAGUUUCUGUACAACUAUUUUAUAUGUAUGCCUUAUGCAAUUUGCAUUCGAAUAAUCCCAGUAAAUAUUUACCUAAAUUCAUUAAAUUUUUUAAAAGAAUUCAGUUGUAUUAAUAGUUUCACUCUGACACGUUUAAAUUGUAUAAAAUAUUUUAUACAAUUACUUAACACUUUUAGCAUUGAAAACAAUAAAAAAUAUAUAAAGACAAUUAUUUAAAAUAUUCUUUACAUUUUUAGAAUUGAUACAAAUAAUACACCUUUCUUAUCUGGGUUUCUUACUAGUUUGUGUGGGAUAUUUGCAAUGCAAAAAUCAUGGCAAGAUUAGAAAAAGAUAAAACUAUUGUUAUAACAUUUAAAUUAAAGACAUAAAAUUAUUGUCAAUGCCAUAUAAAAUUGUAUGCAAAUAAUUGAUAUCAACAAUACCGUUGGUAAGAUUUCAUAAAGUGUAUGAGCUGUUGACUGUGUUUCUGAACUGGUCCUGUUCCAGUCUUUCAUUUUUGUCUAUUUUAAAAUAGUUAGGAUGUAGACAUAUUUGUCAUCCACCAAGUUGAUAUUCAUGCAUUUAUCUGUCACUUAUAAAUUGAAUUGGAUGGCAACUUGAGGUCUUUUGAAUAACUAAUACACUUAACAGUUGUUUUUGCAAUAAUUUUGUGACUGUCUAACCUAUUAAACUACAUUAGCUUACCAUACACAUUAAAAGUGGUGGUCAGUCCAGCUGUCUACCAAUGGAAAACAUCUGGUUGGCCAUGUUGGAGGAAAAGUCUUAAAAGGACCUGUGGUCAUUGUAAAAUAAAAAGUAUACUGUUAGCUGUGUUCCAUUCGGUGACUGUGGUAGGGGUGUGCAUAUUUAAAGGAGAUCUGAAGCCAUAGACACUUAUCCCCUCUCUGCAGGAUAGUUGAUAAGUGUCUGAUCGCAGGGGGUUCUGGCCAUUUGAACCCCAGCGAUUAGACACUUAUCAACUAACCUCCUGUGCAGAAGGCCAACACACCCCUUCAAUCUAUGAGAGAGGGGGAGAUGCAGCGGAUCCUGCUGAUAGGGGAUAAGUGUCUAUGGCUGCAGUACUUAUUUAACCCCUUAACGACGAGUGCUGUAAAUGUACAUCCUGGUGAGGUGUUACUUACUGCACCUUUUACGUACAUUUACGUCCUAAGCAUAACCGCAAGCAUCGGAGCGAUGCCCGGAUCAUGUGUGGCAGGUCCCGGCUGCUGAUCGCAGCCAGGGACCCGCCCAUUAACCCAUCAGAUGCCGUGAUCAAUACA